UGCGAUCGGAGCCUCGGAAACGCUCCUGCUUUGAACCGCGAUAAAGCGAGGCAGUUUAAGUCAUUAAUCUUAUCAGCUACAUCUAUUUCUUCUCCGGAAAAUAAGUUGUAACUUUAUAUUUAAUCGGGUGCGCCAAGAAGCAGAUAGGUGUUUUGAGAAGUACGUCUCCGCAACUCGGCUAACAUGGCAGAUAAAUCACAGAGAGAGUUCUUCGACAAACUGAAUGCCUUCCCGCGGAAUUACACUGGAAAGACUGCCCUGGUGCAGUUUGUGGGCCUGCAGCUGCGCUACACCGGCAGCACAGACACUCUCGUGUGCCGCCGGCUAUUCACAAAACUGUACGUAAACUUCUGCUUUGCCCAGGACUCCUUCCCCGCCGACCUGUGCCAGAUCGGGAUGCACCUGACCUUCGCCGGCAUCAAGUCCGUCACAUUAAGAUUUAAAAACAGCACGAGGAAUUUCUACGGUUGCUUCUUAGUGUUUGGGAUGCCAUGGGACCGGCCCUUUUGCUCGCCGAAGCAUAGGUACGUGUUCGUGAGCUACCUGCCGCACAUCGAGAUCGUGGUGAAGCAGCAGGAAGACAGAACAAGCCAGUGCUGCUUAAUGAAGCAACACGAGGAAAGCCUUGCCAGGAAUAUCUGUCAUAAGAGGUACGUGAGCACACCUUCGGGGAGUAUCAUACGCCCCCCGCCCUUGAAGAGGAGGAAAGCGGGCGGAGGGGAGGAGGGAGGUGCACAGACUUCGACUUGAACAUCAAGCAUGACUUGAUGUUGGCAUAAGGUGGCUUUUUUCAUUAAAUUUUCUUUACACUUGCUUUUUGCUUUGUUAUAAGGCGUCGGUACAGACUUCGACUUGAACAUCAAGCAUGACUUGAUGUUGGCAUAAGGUGGCUUUUUUCAUUACAUUUUCUUUACACUUGCUUUUUGCUUUGUUAUAAGGCGUCGGUACCUUACACUGAUAUGUUUUGUUAAUGUCUAGCAAGUUAUUGGAUCAGAAUUUAUUUCAAUGUCAUUUAAUUAAGGAUAAUAUUGUUAUAACCAUCAUCGUUAGGAUUCUUCUUCUUAUUAUUGAAAUCAUUAUUACUAUUAUUAUCGCUAUUAUUACUGUUAUUGUUAUUGUUCAUGUUACCA